UGAAUGACACUUUGCAUCGCUCAAAGAGAACCAAUAUGGCGUCUGAGCUUGAUGACGCUGCCAUGAAGAAAGAGAAAGAGAUACGUCAGAAAAGAAUUGACACUGCAGUCAAGUUUUUACAAAAUCCAAAAGUACGGGAAACCCCCAUGUCUCAAAGGAGAGCUUUCCUUGAGAAGAAAGGGCUGACAAAAGAUGAAGUUGAGGAAGCCAUCAGACUAUCAGGAACAGCUGCAGAUGAGACUUCGCCACCUAUCAGCCCUCCAGUUCUCCCUCAGAGGGGAGCAAGGGCUCCAACCUCAAGCUAUGUCCCACCACCCCCAGUACCCUGGAGAAGUUAUGUUGGAGCUGCCAUCUUGGGAGGAGGGAUUGGGUAUUCUGUGGCUCAUCUUUUUAAGACAUUCAUUCUACCAUACAUUUAUCACAAGAAGAGUGUAGAGGAGGAGAAACUGGACAAAAUAGAAACAGCUGUGACAGAACUUCAAGGCAACAUGGUGGACACAGUUCAAAAAAGGUUAGAUUCUGUUCAGGGUCUUUUAGAACAACAACAAAGCAAGCUUCAUAGUUUAGCUCUGGACCUAGCUUCAACUCAGUCAAAGGUUGCAUUGUUACCUUCAGAAAGUUACACUGUGGGUGAUUUGAAAGGAGAGAUACUCUCACUCAAAGGACUUCUUCUAAACCGAAAGCAGUUUCCUUCUCCAAUGGUAGGCUCCACCCCAGCUGCUCCCAGCAUUCCAGCAUGGCAACGUAAUGUUACUGUAACUUCAACUGAACGAACAAGAACAACAUCUUCCCUGACUGACUCUUCUGAAACACCUGGUGUAACACAACCCUUAGACAGCAAAGAGCAAUCCUCUAGCAAGGUGUUUUCCCUUGAGCAUAGUAGCAUGAACGGCGAUUUGCCCGAAGAUUUUGAGCCCAGCAUAAAAACACAAGACGCUGCAAGCUUGGAGGACAGUCCUGCUGAACAGAGUAGUACAUCAAGCAGUGAAACAGAUACUGCUAACACACCCAACACAGUUGUCCCAGCAAAUGAGAGGAGUCUCAAUGAUGCCAUGCUUAACAACACAAGUGUUGUAAGCUCGGACACCAGCCUCUCAUCCAUGUCUGAUUUAUCAGGAAGUACAUCUUUCCAUGACACCUCUAUAGCUUUCUCUUCAACUUGCAUCAAAGCUCCAUCAGAUAUGACCUUGCCUUCUGAUUCUACUCUUGAAUUUGAAGGUGUGAAUGAUUCUGUAGCAAAGGUACAAUAAGGAGUUGAGUUGUCAACAAUUUUCAUCAUCUAGUACAUAGUGAGUCCUGACAAGCAAAAAGGAACUUAAAAUAGUUAACUAUUUCAGGAGAGGCCGAGAAAUGAUUGUGACAUUAUCUUGUAUUUAAUAAAAAGAAUUAUGAGGUUA